AGCUUGUUCGUCUGAUUUCAAUCUCUAAUAUACAUAAGUUGAAUUAGAUUAGGCUUGAAGAUUAUGACCAAGAUAUACGUCGUUUUUACUAUAUAGGGACCAAUUAACAAUAAGAUACUGUACCCGUAUCUUAAAGCUCGGCCCGAUCACCGACCCCAUCGGUGUAUAUAGCCGUCAUCCGGAAGUCGCUCGGCAGAUCCUCUCGGGAGGGAACCGCUGAUACCAGUGAUAAAAUGUUGGCUGUAUUUCACGUAACCAGAUUACAGAUGGAUGAUAUGAUAUGGAUGGAUCACUUGAUCGAUUUGGGGAGUUCUGAGUGGUUUGGUGGAUCAUUUGUAAUUUCCGUGGCCUGGUUUUGUUCCUGCGACUCGCGUGCCUGAGAGUACUACCUACUACGACCGUACGUACCUGGUACCUAGGUACCUACCUGCGUUAUGUUUGAGUAGGCAACCGUUGACGCUGGAGUCGAAAUCUUUGGUGCCUUCUGGAAUCGUUCUAAAUGGUGGUUACAGCGAAGGCGACCCGACCCACCCGCUCGGGUUUUUAUGACUAGAGUACAUUACAUGGCUUUGUACAAUCCGGCAGGUAUGUACGACAUACAAAAGCAAUGCAAUGUCUUGCCAAGGGGUAUAACUUACCGUGGAUAUAGCAUGUCCUCCCUCUGCUCGAGUACCGGCAUGUCCCUACCCGCCGCUAUGACAGCCUGACGACAAAGCACGGUAUCCCACUUAGCAAAAACCCGCCGACUCGUCCGGGGAUUUCCUUUAAUUGCUUUGUUAUGCGUUCCACUCGCUCUUAGCCGGCCUGCUACAUCGGCCCAACAAACAAACAGCGUACCAUCCGCUCAUUGCGGGCGUUGAUGGGGAAUCGCAGGAAAGGCCUGCCAUGAGAUCCGUCGCAUGAAUUUCAUCAUUCGAACGAGGAAACAUACCCAGGGGAUCCCCAUAACGAGAGAAACAAUGUUUCUAUUGAGUUCUGGUGGGGUUGGCCUUUUUCUUUUUCUAUUUUUUUUUAUGUCAUACCACGUGAAGUGACCUGGCCCUGCUCUGAGGAACUUGAUGAGUGAAUAUUCGAGGGUCUGAGAAGAGAAGCCAGGGGGACCGGGGGUAUAUUUGUACCAGCGUUUCCUUCCUCAGAGGGAUACCCGCCAUUUACACCUUCUCCUCUCUCUCGAUCCGUUUUCUGGCUAGUAAUCAUUCCUUUUUCCCUCAACAGUCACUCCUUUUACUACCCGUUGUUUCUCGCCUCUUCGGGGACAGGAUUAAAUACAUAAUCAACCCAAAGGUCCGUUGUUGGCACUCUGAAAAGUCGUGCCACUCCAAACCACCAAAAAGUAAGCCAGUACAUCUGCGAAUGGGUAUCUUCUCAAACGACGGCAUGGCCAAAUCAAACAAAAAGGGGCAAGAUGUCGCCGACGGAGCAGACGCGGAGAAGCCCCUGCCGGAGCCCAAGCGACCGGGAACCAGCGGCACCGAGAUGAUGCUCACGACGACGCGGCGGCAGGCCUCUGCCAAGCUGAAGGCCGCCUCGCAGGCCGAGCGCGCCUACAAGGCCAAGAAGCGCUCCGCCGCCGCCCGCGCCAACCUCGACGAGGCCAAGGGCCACUUUGGCGAGACCUUCAAGCACAUCGUCACCGGCUCCAAACUCAUGGCCUCGGUCGUCCGCUCCGUGCCCUACAUCUUUAGCAACAAGGCCGAGAAGCGCCGCGCAAAGGCCGCCGAGUCCAAGCGCGCCGCCGCCCUCGAGAAGCGCAAGAAGCUUGAGGAGAAGCUGGCAAAGGAGAAGGAGGCGGCCGAUACCCUCGCCGACGAGAAUGCCGGCGAGGGUCCGAGCAACUCCUCGUAGAGGAAGCAUCUCUAGCCCAUCCCAACUCUUUUACUUGUAUCAACCCGGACCUUUGGUCUCAACACAUUCGCUUUCUUUUCGUACCAUCUCGGAUCAAACAAGUGCGGUUCCCCGUCAGAUCUCACAGUCGCUAUCAUUUCUCAUAUUUUACUCAUAUCAUGCACUUCUAUGCAUAAACACACGCUCUUUUGCUUUUUGUUUCUACCUCUCUGCUUUCAACUCUUCAUACUAGAACUCUCCUUGUCAUUACUGCGUCAUUUCCCUAGCUUGAACCCUAAAUUAUACCCAUCUCAUCUGAUAUCAGAUCACCGCUAUUCUUAAUCACUCCAAAUACCUGUUUUCUUUUUGCUUGUCACUAUUUGCUUUAACCUACUUACUUGUAUUUCGCUUACGAAUUACGACCGCUAUGUUAGGAUGGGUUUGUUCAUUGUGGCGGAGUUUGGUUCAUUUACAUUUGCGCCCCUAAGUAUCAAUCAAGACAUACCCGGGGGAAAAAACACCAAAGGAGGGGGACCUUGCCCGCAAAACCGAGCCUUUGGCUUUGACUUGGUACAAGGCCAUUCAUUCUUAUACUCUCUCCCCAUAUAGAGAAAACACACCCUAACGAAUUCGGCUGUCGUGGCUAAUCGGCGGAAAAAAAAACCACAGACUAUUUCCUUGUUUCACUUUUUUUUUGGUCUCGUGCCUUUUCUUUUUCUCUUUUCGUCUUGUCCAUAUGGUUCUUUUGCUGCAAGCGUCUUGAACAAAAGUUAAUACAAAUGCCCCAGGGCGUAUCCAUCACAUCGACGAAAAUAAUUGCUUUUCAACUGAUCUCAAGAUGCCUUUAUUAGCUCCGCCGACCUUCUACAAAGAAUGAUCUCUGACUCUAGUACUAUAAAAAGAUUACAAAUGGAUAACCGACUACUGAUUCGAUAUCAAAUUCUUU